AACAAAGAAAUGAAUAUGAUUUGUGCAUCACCCAAAGAAGUUCAAGGGGAGAAGGUUAUGGAUGCAGUUAACGUCAAUGGAGUUUGCAGGGUUGCCCCUGCUACGCCAUCAACCGUAAUUGUUCCCUCUACCUCUUUUGUCGCCUUUGCCCAGACCCCUACCAGCUCUUUCAUCCCGACUAUCAAAUCUGGAGACAGCAGAAGGGGCCAGGGGACAUCCUUGGAAGGCAGCACCUCUUCAGCACCUUCUCAGCCCGCUGUCCCACCACCUGAGCAAGACUUCGAACCGGUGUCAUUCCACAAGAUUGUGGCAGGAAGUGUUGCCCUCUUCCUAUCAGUUGCCAUGAUCCUCCUGGUAAUUUAUGUCUCAUGGAAGCGCUAUCCAAGCAGUGUUAAGCAGCUACAAGAAAACUCGGCUGCUGCUCGCAAACGUCGGAAAAAAUCACGGGAGACAGAGCGCACACUCAGCACACCAUUGCAGGAGUACUAUGUGGACUACAAGCCUAAUAACACAGAGGGUACGGAUGUGCUGGUCAAUGGUACUGGACCAUGCACCUACACCAUCUCUGGCUCCAGAGAAUGUGAGCAUUGCUGCAUCAACACUAAUGUGGUUUGGCUUCCCUCCCGUGCAGCAAAGCGCACGUCACCCAUGAUUGAUGAGUUCUAUUCUCUCUCCUGCGAUUUGGUAUUCCACACGCGCACCUGAUUUACGGGCUUUUCACAUCAAGCCAAAAGACUAGAUUCAAACACACAGUUCAGAUU